GGGCUAAGGCGUAGUAUAAACGUCUAUUAUAUAGAUAACGGCUCUAGGCGUCUGGGGGGUAUAUUACGAGAUAUAGAUAUAGUUAAUACUACCCAUAUUAAGUGGGCCCGCUUUUUAUAA